UUUGUUUCCUGCAGUCAUCCUGGGUAUUUCGGUAAGGUGGGCAUGAGACACUACCACUUGAAGAGGAACACUCUCUUCUGCCCCACCAUUAACCUGGACAAGCUGUGGACGCUGGUCAGCGAGCAGACGAGGGUCAACUACAGCAAGAAGCCCGACGGCCCGGCGCCCAUCAUCGACGUCGUGCGCGCUGGCUUCUUCAAAGUGUUGGGGAAAGGCAAGCUGCCCAAGCAGCCGGUGAUCGUGAAGGCCAAGUACUUCAGCAGACGAGCUGAGGAGAAGAUCAAGGGUGUUGGAGGAGCGUGUGUGCUCACCGCUUGAACUGCGUUUGCUAAAUAAACAACAGAAAAAUUAA